AACACCGUUUGAAUUCGAACGGCAUUUGCGUGAAUAGCCUCGCCGGAAGCCCUCUCUCAACCACAAGUUGACGACGGACGACGCCGACGCGCGACGAUCCGCGUCGGAACGUCGGACCCGCCGCGACUGUGAACCGGCCCUAGACAAAAACCAGUCAUUUCCACCGCACCGUACGCGACAGACCUUUUUUUCGCCGUACUGUGCUCAACACCCUUGUUUUUUUUUACAUUUGUUUUUUUACCACUUUAUUUGUGUGAUUGCUCUUCGCCUACAAAUAAAGCCCCGUCAUACCCCGAAGACUUGUGUUUUUUAUUUAUCCAUCUUUCCCCCGUGCUCCUCCCGUGUGCCGUUCAAUCACCAUCCGACGCUACCUCACCAUCACACAGUGACAAUCGUAGGUACGCGUCAAAUUGGCUCCCCGAACUGGAAUCACCGUCGACAACAGCACAAGGAUGAAUACAAAGCCACAAUCAACAGCAACCACCCCCCUACAGCAAGCCGCAGAACUGCUGGAACGCACCCAGCAGUUACUGAAGGUAGCUACCGCGGAGGCAGCCGCCCAUGCGACUACGGCAGCACGGGUGCGCCGGAUGUCCACGGCAGAGCUACGCCGGGACCCGGUACUGUGGGCAGCCUACACCCGCGGGUGGGACGACCGCACGUCGGUCUUCCGCAAGGCGACCGACGUGGGUCCGACACCCGCGGCGACCGACAGGUCCCGGAGCCCUAGACGGCACGUACAGCCGGCUGGCGCACCGCGACCGCCCCCGAUGCCGCAGUCCGCACGGCUGAUCCGCCCACCCCCGCAACCACUCAUGGCAGCACCGGUCCCACGACCGAGGACGUCGACGAAACCGCCCGCGCCGACCACAGAUGAGGCUAAAACGACGCCGAAAACGGCAACGCCGAUGUCGUCGCGGCAGCGCCGGAGCAUCGAAAGGAAGCGGAAAUUUGUGGACAAGAAGAAGCCUGCCGACCCCACCUCCUCUCAGCAAUUCCGCCUGGAAAAACCGGCGUCCACAACCCCAGAACCGGCAACAGGUCCAAGGUCACUGGAGGCGACCGACAAACCCGUCCCCGAGACCGAGGCACCGGAGGUAGUAAUACCUACCGGACAAGCCGAGGCCACGGAGCAGCCAGCCACCGACUCCCCAAAACCGGCCGAUAUGGAAAUAUCGCCGGAUGAGGAGGCGGAGCUGCUGUGCGACAUGGAUGUCGGUCCACCAGACGACGUGGACAUGGAAACCGUGUUCCAGAACUAACCCCGCCCCCACGACGCCACCACAACAGGACUAGACAGGCCGGAGUGAGACCGCUGCACCCAGCCGGAAUACCCCUCCUCCGGAACCUAUCUACCCCAACCACCCAACCACCCACACAGCCACCCACACAACCACCCACACAGCCACCGGAGGCGGCCGGACAACCGCCGUCACUGGUGGUUUGGGGGGGGGGAGUAUGACGCGGCCCCGCGCAAACACCGUUUGAAUUCGAACGGCAUUUGCGUGAAUAGCCUCGCCGGAAGCCCUCUCUCAACCACAAGUUGACGACGGACGACGCCGACGCGCGACGAUCCGCGUCGGAACGUCGGACCCGCCGCGACUGUGAACCGGCCCUAGACAAAAACCAGUCAUUUCCACCGCACCGUACGCGACAGACCUUUUUUUCGCCGUACUGUGCUCAACACCCUUGUUUUUUUUUACAUUUGUUUUUUUACCACUUUAUUUGUGUGAUUGCUCUUCGCCUACAAAUAAAGCCCCGUCAUACCCCGAAGACUUGUGUUUUUUAUUUAUCCAUCUUUCCCCCGUGCUCCUCCCGUGUGCCGUUCAA